AUGAGCCUUGUCCGUACAGCUGACCGCCUAUUAACUCUCCCAAAAGAGACGAUAUGGCAUGAGAUGACCCCACUCGCUAAUGAACACAAGGCAGUAAAUUUGGGUCAAGGAUUCCCAAGUUUCCCACCACCACCGUUUCUUCUGGAGGAACUCCAACGUAUUAUUGAAGAAAGUGCCAUACAUCCCAUUAACCAUCAAUACGCAAGAGCACAGGGUCACCCAGACCUUGUGGCGGCGAUUGCCAAUAUGUAUAUAAAGCGACUCUCUCGAGUGGAUGUAACAGAAAGCAAUGUACUUGUUACUAAUGGUACAACACAAGCUCUUAAUAUCACAUUUCAGGCUCUUUUAAAUCAUGGUGAUGAAGUGAUUGUCUUUGAACCAUUUUAUGAUGCUUAUAUUCAUGAUAUUGAGUUGGCUGGUGGAGUGGUAAAAUAUGUCCAACUCACUCCAAGUGAGUCAAACAUCGCGGAUGAUUGGUGCUUCUCAGAGUCUCAACUACUCGCCGCGGUAACUCCCAAGACAAAGGUAAUUCUUCUAAAUACACCACAAAAUAUACCAGGAAAGACGUGGACAAGGGAUGAACUUCAUCUCUUAACACGAGUUGCCAUUGAUAAGGAUCUCGUUGUCGUUUCGGAUGAAGUGUACAUGACACUUGCAUAUGAUUCCCCACAUAUCUCCAUCGCCUCUAUACCUGGUAUGUGGGAACGCACCCUCACAGUCUGCAGUAUUGGGAAAAUGUUCUCCUGCACGGGAUGGAAAAUUGGUUGGGCGGUGGGUCCAUCUUGGCUUAUUCAUCCACUCAGUCAAAUCGCCGCAUAUCAAACCUUCUCGGUGGCUACACCUCUUCAAAUAGCCGCCGCACGUGCCAUUCAACGGGCAGAAGGGAAUGACUAUCAUGAAAUCCAUGCGGCUGGAUAUAUGGUUCGCCGUGAUCUUCUUUGUGAGGUACUCACCAGCAUUGGGUUAACGCCUGUAAAACCAUCCAGUGGUUUCUUUGUGUUGGCAGACAUCUCACGUGUGGAUCCAGCACAUUACUAUAACCCAGAAGACAAGCAGUAUGCAAAAGAUUGGCAGUUUUGUCGAUGGCUUGUAAAGGCCAUUGGGGUCUGUGCCAUUCCCACCACAGCAUUCUGUGCCACUGAAAGCAGGAAGUUGUAUGAGAAAUACGUGCGAUUCGCCUUUUGCAAGACAGAAGAUGAUAUCCGUGAGGCUGCUGUACGGCUUAAGAAGUUGCAGAACCACUUCUUGGAGUCCACGAAGGAUAAGUAA